GAGGCUGAGGGGCGUCCCCAGGGGUGAGCUGGGUCUCCAUCGAAGCUGGAGGAAGGGAGCACUUGGACCAAUGUGGAGUGGCUGCGCCACGGCAACCAGGGGAAAUAAACACUCCGAGUCUCACAGUCCAGGUUCUGCUGUGAUGUCAUCCCAGCUCCAGCCUGCUGGGCCCUGCAGCUGGCUGCACCCCAGACGGCCUGGGCUCCUUCUCGGCCCCACAUAGUGCCUGGGCAGGGGUGCCCGGCUCCUGGGCUGCGCUCGGGUCCAGCCAGAGCUGCAGUGCUCCCUCCCGGCCCCACCAUGAAACUGCCCCAGGGGGCCAGGAAAUCUGUGUUCUACGCGCAGCACCCAGAGAAGAAGGAGCAGUUGCCGUCAUGGCAGGAAAUCAAGCAGACCCCUGUCAUCAUGGCCACAAUCAAAGGGCCAGGGCCUGCCAAGUACCUGCGGCCGUCCUGCACGGGCUACAUCGACCACGACAGCUCCAUGUUCCGGGAGCCGGCGUACACCCUGCACACACGGCACUCGCAGAAGCGGAUCACGGACAUAUGCAGCCCUGGGCCUUGCUACUUCUUGGAUCCCAAAAUAACCCGGUUUGGAAUGUCCAGCUGCCCACAGGUCCCCAGCGAGGAGCGUGUUGCCAACCAGCGCCUGAGCCCCACCCUGGCCCCUUGCCACUACCCCUUUGAGAAGACCCCCCCACCGGCGGAACGCAAGGCUCCCCGGCAUACUUUCGGGUACCGAUGCCCGUACAGAGUGAUGGAACCCAACCCGGCCCCCAACCAGUACCAGCUGCCAGCCCUGCUGGGGCCCACCGCCCCUGUCAGCCGGGCCGCCCCCUGCUACAGUCUGGCCUCCGCAGACAGGUACUGGUUCUACAAGGAGGAUGUGGCAGGAGGCCCCGGCCCUGCCGCGCACGCCCGGCCUGAGCCGUCCGUCUACCAGAACCGCAGUCCGGUCUACAGCAUGGCCAAGCGCUUCAGCUACCCGUGCGACCGCACGCCUCGGCCGGGCCCGGGCUCCCACCAGGUCCAGCAGGUCACGGCGCACAAGCCCCGCAUGCCCGCUUUCAGCAUGGGCGUCAAGCACUCGCCCCACCUGUGCCCGCUGGUCGUUGACAUCCGUGACUGAGGCCCUCCUGGUGCACUGACCACUCCCCCUCCCCCAGAAAUCAUUUUUCUAUGCAAAAUUGAGCAGUUUGACCAAGAUUUCAAGUAGCAAAGCUGGUGCUUCCUGAAUGUCCAGCACACAGAAAGCAUUAGAUAAAUACUUUCAUUUAUUCA